AAAACGGUCUUUUCCUUUUUACACAGUUUGAACUGCAUGGAUUGGAAAUUACUUCCUCCAGCCACAGAUGAGAUGAUAGAGAAGUCCAUGCGGGUUAAAGGUCGUUUCAUGGGUGACCCUUCUCAUGAGUACGACACCAAAACAAUUAAGAAAAGUGAUGAAGAAAUGAUCGGUUUGGAGUUGAAGGUAAAAGAGGAAGAACGCUUGACAGCUACAAUUGAACAAAUAAACAGAGAAGCAGCAAUAAUUCCCAGGGGAGCUUUUAUCAAGACACCUCUUGAACAAAUCCACAAGAACAGAAGUUUUGAAGGUUUGUCAGUGACCGAGGCUGGGAAGUUGCAAUCCUACCUUCACUUCACUGAGCCUUCCGUACUGAAGAAGAAGUCACUGCUAUUGCAAGCCAAUCUGGAGGAAUCAAUUGAUUUUCUCAAUUCUCUUGAUGAUGAUGAAAUGAAAGAGUUCUGGAGUCUGCAGUAUGAGAGGGGCAGCAAGCUGGUCAUUCUUCGAAACCUCUUAUGGCUCGGCUUUACCUUCUUCCAUGUACCGGAAACUUCUCAAUAUGGUUGCAUCUACAUGGGCCUAGGAGAGAGGAAUAUAGACUUUCCAUUCAUGAUAUGAUACUUUCCCAUCAAUCCCAAACUCAACGAGCCAACACCAAUUAAUUUCACUCAUUUUAAUUGAUUUACUUCAAAUUACACUUGCUGAAUUAAUUAUACAAAACACUAUUGGCAACAAAUGACAUCUCUCUAUAUUUUAAUAAAUCUUAUUUGAAAACUC